GCCCUUGCGGGGAGCGGAAGCGGCGGAGGGGACGAUGGUGAGCGGUGGGGCCUGCGCUUGCUGUGCCGCCCCAACGGGGACGCAGAGGGGAUUAUGGGGCCGGGACGGCGUGACGGGGCCGGGGGGGGCCAAGUACCUGGCGCAGAUCAUCCUGGUGGGGGCCCAGGUGGUCGGACGGGCCUUCAUGAGAGCGCUGCGCCAGGAGUUAGCAGCGAGCCGAGCCGCGGCGGAUGCACGGGGACGCUCAGAGAGGCCUCAGUCCGCUGCUGCCUCCAGGAUCAUUGGCAUCAGCCUCCAGGAAGCUCAGCAGAUCCUCAACGUCUCCAACCUCAACCCGGAGGAGAUCCAGAAGAACUACGACCACUUAUUCAAGGUGAAUGACAAGUCGGUGGGAGGCUCCUUCUACCUGCAGUCCAAGGUGGUGAGAGCCAAGGAGCGGCUGGACGAGGAGCUGCGCAUCCAGGCCAAGGACGAGAAGGAGAAAGGCUGGAAAGCCGAGACGUGACUCCUGUCACUCGUGUCCCCGCUUCACUCUCCCUUAAGUUAUAGGUGGCCAAUAAACGCCGUGUCCUCCA